AUGCAUUGCACAAUGACGACGGUUGGGUUCCACCCUCUUGCAAAUCUUUAUCAAAUGUAUUGUACAUUGCGUCAGUGUUUCAGGAAGGACCCGCGGACAUGAGUGUAAGUAAAAAGAUUGGGCGGAACUAUUCACUUGGUGGAGCUGGCUGAACGUGGCCUCGACAACCAUGAUAGCCAGAGGUGGGUCGCGAGAGGCUUGCACCUGGAAAGGAUCUCAUUUGUGGAUCGAAUCCAGACAACCGCGAUCGCAAGAGACUUUCACCCAAUCUUUUGUUCCGGACAGCGCCUAUCACACGUAGCUUUCAGACUAUCCACCCAUAGCGUGGUGGAUAUUAAGCUUUCUUCUUUCAUAAUGCGGUUCGGGUACCUGGCUCGAUCUAUCAGGGGCAAUGGAUUUUUGCGGUGGGUUUUUUAGUUGGAAUUGCGAGAUCUCUGAGACAAGGGUCGUUUCAUAUAUGAUCAAUGUUGAUUGCGCACGUCUGAUUUCCUCGCACCUCAUCGCUGACAUACGAUGCGAUCGAGUUGUACCGUUAUGCGGGUCAUAGGCACCUGUCUCACGGUCGCUGUGCAUUUCGCGCAUGCAUUGUCGCCGCGCUCCGAGAUAUCUGAUUCGUACGAUUUCGUUAUCGUUGGUGGUGGUCAGGCUGGUCUCGUGGUAGGCGCUCGACUGUCGGAAAACUCGAAUUAUACUGUCCUUGUCCUCGAGUCGGGUGGCAACGGAGAUGAAUAUCGAGAACGUAUAGAUACUCCCGCAUAUUCCUACUUUGACUCGCUAUGGACGACACCUUUGAAUUGGGGAUUUUACACCGUUCCCCAGCCUAAUGCAAAUGAUCGUGAAAUUUACUGGCCUCGCGGCAAGGUUCUCGGAGGUAGUUCCGCCAUCAAUGGAUUGUAUAUGACCCGCCCGGGAGAAGUUGAGAUCAAUGCCUGGAAAGACAUGUUGGGAGACAUGGACGGGGCUGAUAAUUGGGGAUGGGAUUCCUUCUACGCCGCGAUGAAAAAAAGCGAAAACUUCACUGCCCCAUCCGAUAGCAUCGCGCAAGAGGCAAACAUCACAUGGAACACGGCACACCACGGCACACAAGGACCAAUUCACGCGUCAUAUCCUGGCUUCACGUUUUCUCAAGUUGGGCAGUGGGAGGAAUCAUUGGUGAACAUGAGUAUUGCGGCUUCUAGCGACAUGUACGGUGGUCAGCCAUGGGGCGCGGAAGUGUCUACCUCGUGCAUUAAUCCCACGAACUGGACGCGGUCCUAUAGUCGCACUGGAUAUCUCGACCCGCUUGCAGAUAAUGGCAACUAUGAUGUGCUUGCUAAUGCUCAUGUCACUCGCAUCAUUUUUGACAACUCGACUACUGGAAAUCUCACUGCCACCGCCGUCGAGUACACGACCAAUAACGGCACCACAAAACUCACCGUCAAAGUCAAUAAAGAAGUUAUCCUAACCGCCGGUACUAUCGGUAGUCCAGCUGUUUUGCUUCAUAGUGGCGUGGGUCCCAAGGACGUUUUGUCAAGCGCUGGUGUGGAUCUUCUUUCUGAGCUUCCUGGUGUCGGGCAGCACCUCCAAGAUCACCUCAGCGCAACUGUGACAUGGACCACAAAUGUGGACGGUGCAGGCUCAAUUUUCUACGACAAUGGCAGUGAACGGAGCAACCCACUUUUCCUGACCUACAUUGACGACGCCGUUGCAUAUGUGAACGCCACCGGGAUAUAUGGCAGUAAAGUCGAUGCAUUCAAGACAACCAUCCUCAGUCAAAUCGAUCAGUACAAACCGAAUACGACGUACGAUAACGGAGUUGUCGAGGGUUAUACGGCAAUUUGCAACACGACCGCAACUACCAUCUUCGAUAGCCCGAUCGGGCAGAUUGAACUUCUUUUCAUGAACAGCGAUAGCAACGGCGAUGUAGGCAUUACUGCUGCUCUCCAGCAUCCUUAUAGCCAUGGUCGCAUCUAUAUCAACUCCUCCGAUCCGAUGGACUACCCUGUCAUCGACCCGAAUUAUCUCUAUAAUCCGAUUGAUCAUGAGAUCCUACGCGAGGGACUGAAACUCGCACGUCAGUUAGGCGAGACUGCGCCAGUCAGCAGUACGCUCACCAAUGAAACAUCGCCUGGCUCGUCAGUUCAAACAGAUGAUGAAUGGCUAGAUUGGAUAAUCCAGUCUGCAGGCACGGAAUAUCACCCGUCGUCGUCUUGCGCGAUGCUUCCUCGCGGACAGGGUGGCGUAGUAGACGCGAAUCUUCGCGUCUAUGGCCUUGCGAAUGUCCGAGUCGCGGAUGCCAGUGUUCCUCCCAUUGCACUGUCCACGCAUUUGAUGGCUUCGACAUACGGAAUUGCUGAACAAGCGAGCAAUAUCAUUCGGAAGUAUUACGAUGGGGCCCAGGCGGUAGUGGCACCUUCGUUCAGCUCUACAUCCUCCAACACGACUACCACUGCUGUUGCCAGCAAGCAAACGAAUGGUAGCACUCAUAGUAGUGGAUACCCUCUCACAAUUCUUACUUGGAUAGCUUCUGUAUUGAGUCUUCUGUUUGUCGGUUAGAACUGAUCUUUCUGGGGCGUGGGAGGAACCUUGAACCCAUCAUGCAAGCGAUUGAACUUAGAAUGUUGUAAUUUACGACUUUACGCUGUGAUAGACUUGACAGAUAUGAAUUUAGACUGGAGAAUAAUGGCAAUAAUUAUAACAAACAUAA